UCACUAGCAGUGACUCGUGCUACCAAUGAAUGGCUUCAAAUAGAGGGACUGAUUUCAGUAAGGACCAACUUCCUUACUUGUGCUAAGGGCCUCACUGUGCUUGACCCUUUGCUCUGUUUGCUUGUGUGUGGCAGGUUAAGUUGCAGGCAAGAUGUCAGAGAACCCUUUAUGGUACAACAGUACUGUACUAUUACAACCAAGUGUUCAGGUCACAGGUCACAAUGGUGUCUCAGCUAAAUUUUUGAUGUGCUCAACAUUCAC